AUGCCGCCACCUGGCUUCUCCCCGAUCCCCCAACUGCCAGGUCGAGAUUCUCUGGAACUUGCCUCUCUGGCAGAUUCUGAACCUGAUGACCUGCCUGCCUCCGAGUCCUCCUCGCGCUCAGGCCUUUCCUCGUCGCGCCGGCUGUCGCUCGAGAACGAAGACCCGCUGGAUGAUGCGAAUCCGGCCGGCCGAAAUGCAUCCCGAGGUGGACGUUCAUACUCGGUUUCCUCUGCUUUCGAUUUCACGCCUGCACUGUUCCCGCUCUCUUCAACGGCCGGAGGAUAUACAGCAUUGGGCAAUCAAUCAGUCCUGUCGCUGACCACUCGGCGUGAGGCGCUCCAAAAUCUCGAGAAGAACAAGACCUUGACAUUCUUGAACGGUCUGUCUUUGGUAGUAGGGUUGAUCAUUGGUUCAGGAAUCUUUUCGUCGCCGGCACAAGUCAAUUCCCAUGCAGGUUCGCCGGGGGCAUCGCUGAUAGUAUGGACGAUGUCUGGUCUGCUGGCAUGGACCGGCGCGUCGUCAUAUGCAGAGCUCGGCGGAGCCAUCCCUUUGAACGGCGGCGCUCAGGUUUACCUGGCCAAAAUUUUUGGUGAAGUCUUCGGGUUUCUCUUUACCUGGUCAGCGAUACUGGUCCUCAAGCCUGGCGGGGCCGCCAUCAUCGCGAUUAUCCUAGGAGAGUAUGUCGUUCGAGCCGCGAUUGGUGCCGACGUUGAGGAUGUCAACCCGUGGAUCAACAAAGUACCAGCGCUCCUCGCGCUCAUGCUCGUCACGCUGUUCAACUGCGUCUCGACGAGAUUCGCUGCCAGACUAGGAGAUCUCUUCCUGUUUCUCAAGUUCAUCGCGCUCGCUGCAGUGACGGUGAUCGGGAUCAUUGUGGCAGUCACGGGGCUCUCGUUCAACGGCCCCGCCAACAAGGACUGGCGCACGCAUUCCUGGUUCGAGGGCUCCUCCACCGACAUUUCCGACUGGGCAGUUGCACUGUACGCCGGACUCUGGGCCUUUGACGGGUGGGACAAUACAAACUAUGUGACGGGCGAAUUCAAGAACCCCUCGCGCGAUCUCCCGCGUGUGCUGCACACGGCCAUGCCCGCGGUGAUCGCGUGCUACCUACUGGCCAACAUAGCCUACAUCUUCGUCCUGCCCCUCGAAACCAUCAACAAAUCCAAUACCGUCGCCGUGCAGUUCGGGAGCAAGGUCUUCGGUCCGAUCGGCGGGCUCGUCCUCGCGCUCAUCGUGUCGGCGUCAUGCUUUGGCGCCCUUAACGCCACAACCUUCACGUCGGGCCGGCUCGUCUACGUCGCAGGACGCGAAGGCUACAUCCCCUCCGUGUUUGGGAAGAUUGGCUAUGGCUUCGGCUCCGGCUCGUCGGCGAGCCAAGAAACACCCAGCUCCAGACCUCUGAACAAACUGCGCCGCCGGUCCUGGUUCAGCAAAUUCCUCUCCCGGAUAUUCGGUGACGAGUCCAUCGGUCUGGGCUACACGCCCGUCAACGCCAUGCUGCUCAACAUGGCGCUGUGCAUGGUGUACGUGUGCCUAGGCGAGUUCAAGACGCUGAUCACCUUCUACGGCGUUGCCGGCUACACAUUCUACUUCCUCACCGUGCUGGGACUGAUUGUGCUGCGCAUCCGAGAGCCCCAUCUGGAACGACCGUAUCGGACCUGGCUCGCGACCCCCAUCGUCUUCUGCUGCGUGAGCCUGUUCCUGGUGAGCCGCGCCGUGAUCGCGCAGCCUCUGCAGACCGUCAUCGUCGUGGUGUUCGUCGCGAGUGGCAUCCCAGUCUACUAUUGGCGCGUGGCCGGCAGGGACAACAACGGUGCCUCGGGGAAGACGGAAUCCAGGUUCUGGCGGAGAUAG